AAAGGCACACCCAUUCUCUCAUGCUUGGAAGAAGCUGCUAUUCCUACUGGCUAUCUAAGAAGAAUGGAAUUAUUAAUUUUAUUUGACUUAUUAAUUUUAAACGAGUUUAAUUUGGGAUCAUUUAGUAAGUACUCUUUUCUUUUUGAGCUGUGAUAGAUUAUAGUCUAGUUUAAGUUGCUCCUAAGUAGACAGAUGAAGAAACUAGGGAGGCUUUAGAGAGGAAGACAGAUGCUUGAAGUAUGAACAAUAUAUACCCUUAGAAGAAUGGGUCAAAUAAUUUGGGUUUUUAAUUUAAAAUAGGAGGGCCCCAGAUCUUACUUUCCUGUCCUUGAGGAACACCUUCAAGUUUUUAAAGUAUUUUAGGGGGAAAGAAGAUUUUUAAUUGUUUCUGAGCCUAAUGAGGUAAUAAAAUAUAUUAAAAUAGUUUAAUUUUAAUGGUCCUUACGCUUUAUAGUACCUAAGGAUCACUUGUAGUAUCUGACAAAAAUGCAGAAUUAAAGAGUCAUGGCAGGGUGUGGUAGCUCAAGCCUGUAAUCCCAGCACUUUGGGAGGCCAGGCAGGAGGAUUGCUUGAGGCCAGGAGUUUGAGACCAGCCUGGGCAACAUAGUAAGACCUCAUCUCUACAAAAAAUAAAAAAUUAUCCAGGUGUGGGCCGACAGUCCCAGCUACUAGGGAGGCUAAGGCAGGGUGAUUGAUUGAGCCCAGCAGUUUGAGGCUGCAGUGAGUUAUGAUUGCGCCACUACACUCCCACUUGGGCAACAGACAAGAGAUCUUAUCUCUAAAAAAUUUUUGUUAAAUAAUAAAAGAAUUAAGGCCAGGGAUGUUGGCUCACGCCUGUAAUCCCAGCAGGGAUUAUAGUCUUGGGAGGCUGAGGUGGGCGGAUUGCUUGAGCCCGGAAGGUCAAGACCAGCCUGGGUGCCAUGGUGAAACCCCAUCUCUACAAAAAAAUACAAAAACUAGCUGGGUGUGGUGGCACCACCUGUAGUCCCCGCUACUUAGGAGGCUGAGGUGGGAGGAUUGCUUGAGCCCAGGAGGCAGAAGGUUGCAGAGGUUGCAGUGAGCCUUGAUUGUGCCACUGUACUCCAGUCUGGGCAACAGGGCAAGACCCUGUCUCUAAAAAAAAAAAAAAAAAAAAAAAAAAAAAAGAGGGACCAUGAUGCCUCUGGUAUUUAUGAAACCAACCUUUGUGGCGAGUGCUCAGUGAUUCUGAUGCAAUGGUGGUAUUCCACACUGUGAGAAACACUAAGAGAAGAGGUAAGAUAGAAUGAGGGAAUAAACAUGGCUUGUUUAUUAUUUUGGGGGAUUUACCAAUAACUGGUUUAAUUCUGUUCAUGAUCCAAUAGUAUUGGUGAUAUUAGCUCCAUUUUAUAGAUGAGGAACUCAUGUUUAGAUCUGAAACAUGUGAGAGUCCAUAUCUCUUUUCAGCUAAACUUGUGAGACUUUUGUAAAGAAGCGUUUGUAUUUAUUUAUUUGUUUUUGAGACAGGGUCUUGCUCUUUUGCCCAGGCUGGAGUGCAGUGGCAUGAUAUGGCUCACUGCAGCCUUGACUUCCUGGGCUCAAGGGAUCCUUCUGCCUCAGCCUCCUGAGUAGCUGGGACUACAGGUAUGUACCACCAUGCCCAGCUAAUUUUUGUAUCUUUUUGUAGAGACUACGUUUUGCCAUGUUGUCCAGGCUGGUCUUAAACUCCUGAGCUCAAGCAUCUGCCCACCUCAGCUUCCCAAAGUGCUGGGAUUACAGGUGUGAGCCACUGUGCCCAGCCGAGAGUUUUUCUUGUCGUGAAAGAACUUGACAUUUCCUCAAGGAUUUAUAAAGGAGGCUGAGGAGUAAUUUUCCCAGGAGAAUUUUAAAAAGAAAGAGGGCAUUGCUCCUCCAGUGGUUUGGAAUGAUGCCACUUGAUUGUGCAAAUGAUUUCUUAUGAUCUUGUCUGGUUUUCUGUUAUUUUUUGAUUUGGUGACAUAGCUCUCAAAGAUUUGGUGACACAGCUUCUUGAGUCACUUUCAUCUCUCUUAAAAAAUUUUUUUUUUUAACAACUUUUAAGUUCAGGGGUACAUGUGCCAGUUUGUUUCAUAGGUAAACUUAUGUCAUGGGGGUUUGUUGUAUAGAUGAUUUCAUCACUCAGGUGUUAAGCCUAGUACCCAUUAGUAAUUUUUCCUGAUCCUCUCCCUCCUCCUACCCUCCACCCUCCAAUAGACCCCAGUGUGUGUUGUUGCCCUUUAUGUGUCCAUGUGUUCUCAUCAUUUAGCUCUCACUUAUCAGUGAGAACAACUUUCAUCCCACAUCUAAUUUGUCUUUCUUCACUCUGGUGUGGAAAUUUUGAUAGAGAUUCCAGUAUCACUUAAACGUUUCCCAGAAUAUUUAGAUAGAAUAAUUUAGUUUCUUCUGAAAAGUUUAUUUUAGGCUAGUGCCACAUGGUUGUUAAUAUUAGCAUGGUAGCCAAAUAAUAGUUUGUUUAAAUAUAUAUUUCCCAAUAUAAAUAUAAGGGGCAUCAUAAUUUUUAAAAACUAUAAAAUCUAGAAGAAAAAUCUGUGGAUAAAAUCCAUAAUUCUAUCAUCUGAAUGCAAUGAACAUUAGCAUUUAGGUAUAUUUUCUUGCAGGUUUUUUAACCAUAUACUUAUAGAGAAUAUGUAAUUUGGGUCUGCGUUUUUUACAUAUAAAUAUUUUUCUAUGUUAAAUAGUCUUCAUAAGUUAAUUAUAAAGAUCUGCUUAAUAGUUCUGCUACUGCAGUUUUCAUUAUUAGAUAAGUUGGUCAUUAUGGUUGGACAUUUAGGUUUACAGUAUUAAAGCAGUGGUUUAUAUCAAUUUCAGUGGUUUAAAAUAUGAAUUUCUAUUUUGGAAUGACAGUAUUAAUUUAGUGUAGUGAAUCUCAUAUUCCAGAACUGAGAUGAUUGAUUUGAUGCUAUUUGUGACAGACAGAACCCAUAAUAAAGCCUUUCUAUGCAAAUUACAUUUUAUAGAAUUAUCCUACUAAAAGUAACCUUUUUUCAGCGAAUGCAAAACAGACCUUUGGUGUUCCAGUAUGAUUCAUUUUGCCAUUCUGAACAACUAUCAUUUUAAUUAAGACCAUUUAACUGACACUUCCUGGAUUCAGUUAUUAAGUUUCAGAUUGAAACUUGAUCCAGUUUAAUAACUGAAUCCAGUUUAAUAACUGAAUCCAGUUUCACAUUUAUCAAUCUGAAAACUUAGUUUGCAGAUUGGUAAAUCAGGGUACUUGACAAGAAUAAAUAUGGUACGCCUUUAUAUAUUCAUGUGUUACAUGCCAGAAAUGAGUCUGUUUCUGGACCCUGUUCAAGGAAAUAGUGAUGACUGAGAGAGGUACAGGGAAAUAAACACCCAAGGGAAACAACAGAAAUAAGCCUCCCCAACUUUCUAAAAAACUGCUCAGCAUUAUCUCUGUGGGUUCUGGGUAAAUUCAGCUUUUUAACAUCAGCUAGUCACUAAUGCCAGAAAUUCCACUUCAAGUGUAUUUAUUUUCUUGUGUUAAGCAUUAUUCUACCUGGUUUAUGUCUACAAUGUAGUAGUAUUAGUGUACUUAGGAUUCUUGACACCUCAGUGUGCAAUAAAUAAAAUUUUGAAGUUGUUGUUUUUCAUUUGAAGGUGAGACCACAGCCCCUGAGUGCUAAGGGGACCUGGGAAUCCUAGGGGAAUGGAGGUGGUGGGAGAUAAGAGGAUGGUUGAGGGCAGGAGUUUAAAGGACACAGAAGCUAGGAGAGCAGAAAAUGUACUCCACCAACUUCAGUCUAACUUGUCUCUUAAAAGUGCUUUUACAUUUUAACUUUUUUAAAAAAUGUGGGCCGGGCAUAGUGGCUCAUGCCUGUAAUCCCAGCACUUUGGGAGGCCGAGGUGGGUGGAUCACCUGAGGUCAAGAGUUCAAGACCAGCCUGACCAAUAUGAUGAAACCCCAUCUCUACUAAAAAUACAAAAAUAGCCGGGCGUGGUGGCACAUGCCUGUCAUCCCAGCUACUCAGGAGGCUGAGGUGGGAGAAUCGCUUGAACCCGGGAGGUGGAGGUUGCAGUGAGCCGAGAUCAUGCCAUUGCACUCUAGCCUGGCCAACAAGAGUGAAACUCUGUCUCAAUAAAUAAAUAAAUAAAAAAUAAAAAAGUGUGAACUUAAAUAUAUUUAUAUGUGUGUACAUAUAUUUUCUUUUUUAAUAUUCUGGUUAAAUGAGAGGCCAUUGGGCCUCUUUUUGUUUUAAGAGUCUAAUGAUGUGUAUAUCUAAUGCCCAUUCCAGCUGGAUUGUAACACUGCUUGGGGAAGAUAACUUAAAAAAAAGUAGUACCGAGAUUACAGCAGCUAGUGUCCUAAAUGGAAAAGAAGUGAAACUAAAUGUCAUAGGAGAAAUCCUUUCAGUUUUGUGCAGUGGUUCAUUUGCUGUUAAAUCUACCCCAUUACCAUUCCCCUUACCCCUUGAAAAUAAAGUGAUCUUCAUGUUACAGGACCAUUGCUUUAUUUAUGUCACAGAUUUCUUGUCCUUUAAUUAGUCAGUGAAGGCACAUGAUCGCGAUACUACUUUUUGAUUGCCGUAUUGUAAAAGCUGUAUUGUAAAAGGUAACUCCCUCCACCCGCCCACUGCACCCUCACGUUUAGGGGCCACACAGAAAAAGCGAAAUAAGAUGAGGUGAAUCUAAUGAGAAGGCAACUCUAAUGCCCAUCAGGAGAUUCACUAGGACAUUUUAAAAGGACGUCUUUAAGGAAAAAGUUUUGUUUGUAGAUGUAGCCUCUGAUUCCUCCCUGCGGCUCCAGUCCAGGUCUUGGAGCCGGCCCUCGAGGGGAAUGUCCGGGACUCGGGUCGGUACCUUUUUGGUCUGGGAAUUUCCAGUGUGCAGAAAAAAAAUCCACAAAUCUAGGCCUCGCUGCCCCCUCCCUGCCUCCUCUGGCCCUCCUCAGUGCCCACGCAACCCGGUUCGAAAGAGAGGAUGACCGUAUUCUGCAUUUUAGAAAACAGGCUCUUAGCUUCCCCCGCCCCCGUCCUCACUUGAGUGGAGAACUGAAAGCGAACGCUAUAAAGGGCGCCAGUGAGAGGGGCUGGCCUCCUCUUGCCACGAGGUCAGACGGCGAGUUCUUAGAGAAAAAGGCUGCUUAGCUGCUGCUUAUCAUGUAACCUCAAAAGGAAACUGAUCGUCUUUCUCAUGCUGUCACGUACUUGGGUUAUUAUCGCUGAUUACAGCUGGAAACAAUUGAUUUGCUCUUACGUAUUUGUGUGACUUGACUCUUCAAACACAAAGUUGAGCCCCAUAUGGGGGUUGGCAGGCAGCAGAGAGGCCCCUUUCAAGGUGUUCGGGUAAAGAACUCAGUGAAGGAACUCCUGUUGCACAUCCGAAGUCAUAAACAGAAGGCUUCUGGCCAAGCUGUGGAUGAUUUUAAGACACAAGGUGUGAACAUAGAACAGUUCAGAGAAUUGAAGAACACAGUAUCAUACAGUGGGAAAAGGAAAGGGCCUGAUUCGUUGUCUGAUGGACCUCCUUGCAAAAGGCCAGCUCUGUUGCAUUCUCAAUUUUUGACACCACCUCAAACACCAACGCCCGGGGAGAGCAUGGAAGAUGUUCAUCUCAAUGAACCCAAACAGGAGAGCAGUGCUGAUCUGCUUCAGAACAUUAUCAACAUUAAGAAUGAAUGCAGCCCCGUUUCCCUGAACACAGUUCAAGUUAGCUGGCUGAACCCCGUGGUGGUCCCUCAGAGCUCCCCCGCAGAGCAGUGUCAGGACUUCCAUGGAGGGCAGGUCUUUUCUCCACCUCAGAAAUGCCAACCAUUCCAAGUCAGGGGCUCCCAACAAAUGAUAGACCAGGCUUCCCUGUACCAGUAUUCUCCACAGAACCAGCAUGUAGAGCAGCAGCCACACUACACCCACAAACCAACUCUGGAAUACAGUCCUUUUCCCAUACCUCCCCAGUCCCCCGCUUACGAACCAAACCUCUUUGAUGGUCAAGAAUCACAGUUUUGCCCAAACCAAAGCUUAGUUUCCCUUCUUGGUGAUCAAAGGGAAUCUGAGAAUAUUGCUAAUCCCAUGCAGACUUCCUCCAGUGUUCAGCAGCAAAAUGAUGCUCACUUGCACAGCUUCAGCAUGAUGCCCAGCAGCGCCUGUGAGGCCAUGGUGGGGCACGAGAUGGCCUCUGACUCUUCAAACACUUCACUGCCAUUCUCAAACAUGGGAAAUCCAAUGAGCACCACACAGUUAGGGAAAUCACUUUUUCAGUGGCAAGUGGAGCAGGAAGAAAGCAAAUUGGCAAAUAUUUCCCAAGACCAGUUUCUUUCAAAGGAUGCAGAUGGUGACACGUUCCUUCAUAUUGCUGUUGCCCAAGGGAGAAGGGCACUUUCCUAUGUUCUUGCAAGAAAGAUGAAUGCACUUCACAUGCUGGAUAUUAAAGAGCACAAUGGACAGAGUGCCUUUCAGGUGGCAGUGGCUGCCAAUCAGCAUCUCAUUGUGCAGGAUCUGGUGAACAUCGGGGCACAGGUGAACACCACAGACUGCUGGGGAAGAACACCUCUGCAUGUCUGUGCUGAGAAGGGCCACUCCCAGGUGCUUCAGGCGAUUCAGAAGGGAGCAGUGGGAAGUAAUCAGUUUGUGGAUCUUGAGGCAACUAACUAUGAUGGCCUGACUCCCCUUCACUGUGCAGUCAUAGCCCACAAUGCUGUGGUCCAUGAACUCCAGAGAAAUCAACAGCCUCAUUCACCUGAAGUUCAGGAGCUUUUACUGAAGAAUAAGAGUCUGGUUGAUACCAUUAAGUGCCUAAUUCAAAUGGGAGCAGCGGUGGAAGCGAAGGAUCGCAAAAGUGGCCGCACAGCCCUGCAUUUGGCAGCUGAAGAAGCAAAUCUGGAACUCAUUCGCCUCUUUUUGGAGCUGCCCAGUUGCCUGUCUUUUGUGAAUGCAAAGGCUUACAAUGGCAACACUGCCCUCCAUGUUGCUGCCAGCCUGCAGUAUCGGUUGACACAAUUAGAUGCUGUCCGCCUGUUGAUGAGGAAGGGAGCAGACCCAAGUACUAGGAACUUGGAGAACGAACAGCCAGUGCAUUUGGUUCCCGAUGGCCCUGUGGGAGAACAGAUCCGACGUAUCCUGAAGGGAAAGUCCAUUCAGCAGAGAGCUCCACCGUAUUAGCUCCAUUAGCUUGGAGCCUGGCUAGCAACACUCACUGUCAGUUAGGCAGUCCUGAUGUAUCUGUACAUAGACCAUUUGCCUUAUAUUGGCAAAUGUAAGUUGUUUCUAUGAAACAAACAUAUUUAGUUCACUAUUAUAUAGUGGGUUAUAUUAAAAGAAAAGAAGAAAAAUAUCUAAUUUCUCUUGGCAGAUUUGCAUAUUUCAUACCCAGGUAUCUGGGAUCUAGACAUCUGAAUUUGAUCUCAAUGGUAACAUUGCCUUCACUUAACAGUAGCUUUUGAGUAGGAAAGGACUUUGAUUUGUGGCACAAAACAUUAUUAAUAUAGCUAUUGACAGUUUCAAAGCAGGUAAAUUGUAAAUGUUUCUUUAAGAAAAAGCAUGUGAAAGGAAAAAGGUAAAUACAGCAUUGAGGCUUCAUUUGGCCUUAGUCCCUGUUACUGGCAUUGGAUAGGCUUCAGUCAUUGGACUAGAUGAAAGGUGUCCAUGGUUAGAAUUUGAUCUUUGCAAACUGUAUAUAAUUAUUACUUUUGUCCUUAAAAAUAUUGUACAUACUUGGUUGUUAACAUGGUCAUAUUUGAAAUGUAUAAGUCCAUAAAAUAGAAAAGAACAAGUGAAUUGUUGCUAUUUAAAAAAAUUUUACAAUUCUAAGGAGUUUUUAUUGUGUAAUCACUAAGUCUUUGUAGAUAAAGCAGAUGGGGAGUUACGGAGUUGUUCCUUUACUGGCUGAAAGAUAUAUUCGAAUUGUAAAGAUGCUUUUUCUCAUGCAUUGAAAUUAUACAUUAUUUGUAGGGAAUUGCAUGCUUUUUUUUUUUUUUCUCCCGAGACAGGGUCUUUCUCUGGCGCCCAGGCUGGAGUGCAGUGGCAUGAUCUUGGCUCACUUCAGCCUUGACUUGGGCUCAAGUGAUCCUCCUACCUGAGCCUUCUGAGUAACUGGGACUACAGGUGUGCACUCCUCGCCUGGCUAAUUUUUUAUUUUUUGUAGAGGCAGGAUCUUGCCACCUUGCCCAGGCUGGUCUUGAACUCCUGAGCUCAUGCCAUCUGCCUGCCUUAGCCUCCCAAAAUGCUGGGAUUACAGGAGUGAGCCACCAUGCCCGGCUGGCAAUUGCAUGGAAGAGAACACCUCUUUAUGGCUUACCCUCUAGAAUUUCUAAUUUAUGUGUUGAAAUUUUUGUUUUUUUACCUUUAUUGAAACAACAAAAAGUCAAUAUUGAAACAUGUCUUCCUGUUUUCUGUUGUCAAAUGAUGAUAAUGUGCCAUGAUGUUUUAUAUAUAUCAUUCAGAAAAAGUUUUAUUUUUUAAUAACAUUCUAUUAACAUUAUUUUGCUUGCCGCUGGCAUGCCUGAGGAAUGCAUUUGGCUUUGAUUACACACUAAGUUUUUGUAAUAAAUUUGACUCAUUAAAAACCUUUUUUUUUUUAAAAAAGAAAAUCUCAUUAGUGACUAACUUAUCUUUGCAGCUGAGUACUUAAAUUCUUUUUAAAAAGAUACCCUUUGGAUUGAUCACAUUGUUUGACCCAGUAUGUCUUGUAGACACGUUAGUUAUAAUCACCUUGUAUCUCUAAAUAUGAUGUGAUAUGAACCCAGUCCAUUCACAUUAGAAAAACUGAUGGUUUUAAAUAAACUAAUUCACUAAUA